AUAACCGAAAUCUGGUCCCAUGUCAGUCUUGCACUGUUUAUCAGCAUGGUCGCGCGGAACUUUCUCCUGCUGGCCACUUUGGUACCAGCACUGGUGCUAGGACUGAAUCCAGCUCCUUGCAUCCGCAACUCAGGUCCACUUCCGGCCGAGGUACGCGUCGUCGGAUGUCCCCCAUCAACACCCCAGGAACCGUGCGUCGUCCCCAUCGGGUCCACCGUGGACAGCGAGAUCGAUUUCGUGCUGCAACGUCCCACGACCAGCCUUCGCGCCACGCUCGAGAUGUUCCUCGGUGACUUCCGGAUCCCGUGGAGCCUGCCGGAAGCCCAGCAAGACGCCUGCCAGGAUUUGAUGGGCGGGGUGACCUGCCCGUUGACUACCGUCGGCCAACGCAUCAAGUACAACCUGGUGACGGAGGUGUCCGCGCCCUUCGCCGGCGUCACCGUCGACAUGGAGCUGAUGCUGACCGACGACCAGGGCCAGUCGGUGUUUUGCUACCGGUCGCAGGCGACCGUCGUUUGAAAAAGUAAAAUUGUUUUCCGUUUUUGCACUCGCAGAA